GCUUACCAAUAUCUGCUGUGUGUGCCUUCACCUUCAGCCAUCUUAACCAUGUUGGGUGCUGUGGGACGGUGCAGCAACGGGGCUCUGCAGGCUCUAAAGCCUUUAAACUCUUUAAGAAGUACGAGUGGAAGACAAGCGGCCCUUUCUUUAAGCAGAGGCUAUGCUGCCCCAGCUGCAAAGGCAGCACUGGCCAAUGGCCGCAUAGUUGCUGUUAUUGGUGCUGUGGUUGAUGUCCAGUUCGAUGAAGGCCUUCCUCCCAUUCUCAAUGCCCUGGAGGUGCUCGGCCGAGACAGCAGGCUGGUGCUGGAGGUGGCACAGCAUCUGGGUGAAAACACAGUCAGAACAAUUGCCAUGGACGGCACAGAGGGUCUUGUCCGUGGUCAGCAGGUUCUGGAUACUGGAGCCCCCAUUAGGAUCCCCGUUGGCCCAGAGACUCUGGGCAGGAUCAUGAAUGUCAUUGGGGAGCCCAUUGAUGAGAGGGGUCCAAUUAGCACCAAACAAACUGCUCCCAUCCAUGCUGAAGCCCCUGAGUUCACAGACAUGAGUGUGGAGCAGGAGAUCCUGGUCACUGGCAUCAAAGUGGUAGAUCUGCUGGCACCCUAUGCCAAGGGUGGAAAGAUUGGUCUGUUCGGCGGCGCUGGCGUUGGAAAGACUGUGUUGAUUAUGGAGCUGAUCAACAAUGUGGCCAAGGCUCACGGUGGUUACUCAGUGUUUGCUGGAGUGGGAGAACGAACCAGAGAGGGAAAUGACUUGUACCAUGAAAUGAUCGAGUCUGGUGUUAUUAACCUGAAGGACACGACCUCUAAGGUAGCUCUUGUGUAUGGUCAAAUGAAUGAGCCUCCAGGUGCCCGUGCUAGAGUUGCUCUUACUGGUUUGACUGUUGCCGAAUACUUCCGCGAUCAGGAGGGACAGGAUGUACUUCUCUUUAUUGACAACAUCUUUAGGUUUACCCAGGCUGGAUCAGAGGUGUCUGCUCUGCUAGGUCGUAUCCCCUCAGCUGUGGGUUACCAGCCCACUUUAGCCACUGAUAUGGGAACAAUGCAGGAGAGAAUUACCACCACCAAGAAAGGCUCUAUCACCUCAGUACAGGCUAUCUAUGUGCCUGCUGAUGAUUUGACUGACCCUGCCCCUGCAACAACUUUUGCCCACUUGGAUGCAACAACUGUGCUGUCCCGUGCUAUUGCUGAGCUUGGUAUCUACCCCGCUGUGGACCCUUUGGAUUCCACGUCCCGUAUCAUGGACCCUAACAUUGUGGGUUCUGAACACUAUGAUGUUGCUCGUGGUGUGCAGAAGAUUCUUCAGGACUAUAAAUCAUUGCAGGACAUUAUUGCUAUCCUGGGUAUGGAUGAAUUGUCAGAGGAAGAUAAGCUGACUGUAGCACGUGCUCGUAAGAUCCAGCGUUUCUUGUCACAGCCAUUCCAGGUAGCAGAAGUUUUCACAGGUCACUUGGGAAAGCUGGUGCCUCUGAAGGAAACAAUCAAAGGCUUCAAGAGCAUCCUAGGAGGUGAAUAUGAUGCCCUACCAGAACAAGCUUUCUACAUGGUGGGUCCCAUUGAAGAAGUAGUCCAGAAGGCUGAGAAACUGGCAGAAGAACACUCUUAAAUGAAAUUUUUUGCAAGAUUUUAUGAGACAAACAUUUGUACAGUAUGAUUUCUUUGUAAGGAACUUCUAACACGUCUUGCCAAGUAUGUUAAUGUUGUGGUGCUGUUUCUCUGGAAAGGGGAAGAUAAAAUAAAACUUGUUAAAAUA